AUGGGGAAGAAGGAGCGGGCGAAGAGGUUUGCCGAGGUAAAGCGCAUGCUCAACCCGAAGGACGCAAAGGUUGACAAGAAGAAACAUCAGAAGAAGAAGCGCGACGAUGAGCCUGAGUUGAAGCACAUCGAGGCUACAUCAUCGGCCCUGUUCUUCAAGCACAACUCCGCGCUCGGUCCACCGUACAACAUUCUCGUGGACACCAACUUCAUCAACUUCUCCAUCAAGAAUAAGAUUGACCUGGUGAAGGGGAUGAUGGACUGCCUGUACGCGCAGUGUGUCCCGCACAUCACCGAUUGCGUGAUGGCGGAGUUGGAAAAACUCGGACAAAAAUACAGGGUUGCGCUGAGGGUGGCGAAGGAUCCGAGGUUCGUGAGGCUGCCGUGCACGCAUCCAGGCACGUACGCCGACGACUGCAUCUGCGAGCGCGUCAGGCAGCACAAGUGCUAUAUUGUCGCCACGUGCGAUACCGACCUGAAGCGACGGAUACGCAAGAUUCCUGGGGUACCCAUCAUGUUCCUCCAGCAGCACAGGUAUACAGUGGAGCGUCUACCGGAAGCUGCGGUGGGUGGGGCGCCGAGGCAGUAA